AUGUUCCACUUCAACUCUCUCAGUUUCGCCGUUAUUUUGGCUGUUGUUGCCAUCAGUUCUGCAGCUGUUCAAAUCAUUCCAGCUGGUAUUAAUGGUAAUGGUGCUGUAGGUGGCGCUAUCGAUGUUGAUGGUCUUCUUACUGGCACUUUAGGCACCGCAGCCAAUCUUGUUGGUAAUGCUGCAAACACCGUAGCUAAUACUGUCGCUGGAGCUGGCAACUCUGUCGCUGGAGCUCUCGGUGGUCUUGCCGGAGUUGUUAAUGCUAAUACCGGACUUAACCUUGGAGGUGGUAUUGUUGGUGGUGGUCUUCUUGGUUGA